AUGGAUAAGGUUUCAAGAACAGCUCAUUUGAUUCAAAAUGAUACUCCAUACUUUAAAAUAAAAUGUAUGAGUACACAAGGGUCUAAAGUGGCAGCUGGUUUGUCACUUUCUUUCACAAUUGUCUUCACUCCUGAUGCUAACCAGGAUUAUCGACACGACCUUAUGUGUGUGACUGAUAGAGAACUGUUCUCCGUUCCUGUAUUUUGUAUUGGCCCAAGAGCGGUUCUAGAAUUGCCUGAUGAUAUCUGUUUUGAUGAGGUUCCAGUGAAAGUAGUGAGUAAAAAGCCGUUUUUUGUUGAACCCAUAUCUUUAAAAAUUGAAUCUGGUGCACUAGAAGAGAUAAAGGUUUCAUUCGUUCCUGAAAAUACAGGAGAAGUCUCGAAGAAUAUGUUCAUCAUUUAUGAUACUGGAGAAAGACUUCAGAUUAAUCUUCACGGUCACGGACGAGAAUCGUUGGUUUAUCUUAGGGAUAACAAAGUGUCAGUGAACGGAACAUUCAUUGGAUUACAUUCGCAGACAAAAGCUUUCAUCGUAAACGACUCAUCCGAUGUUAUCAGUUUUAAGUGGAGUCCUUUUGAAAAUAGCGAGGAAGAGUCACUUGUGAAUGACUUAUUAGUUGGAACGUUGAAUAACUCUUGUGAUUUUAAAUCUUUACUGAAGCAAAAGUUGAUUACGUGGGCCAGGAAAUUUUCUGAUCAACAAAUACCAUAUCCAACAAAUAUUCAAACAAUUGAAUCUUCUCCAUUCAAUAUUGAACCAAUUGAAGGACGUAUUCAACCAUAUACAACAUAUGAAUUUAUUGUACAUUUUAAUCCAGAAAAAGCUAAUUUAUAUGAAGAUCUAUUUUAUUGUGAUGUUGAAGGUGUACAAAAACGUUUAGUUCUAUCAAUUCAUGGUGAAGGUUUAGGACCAAAAAUUAAAUUCUCAUAUAAAUAUUUAAAUAUGGGAAAGAUAUUUAUUGGUUCACAGCAUAAAUAUGAAUUGGUUAUAUCUAAUACUGGAUUAAUUGAAACAAUGUUUUCAAUUCAUUGUAAAAAUAACACUGAGGGAGAUGAGAAUAGUCAAAAUAUAACUAAAUUUGGUAAAUAUUUUCAUCUUAUACCUGAUGAAGGAUUAAUUUGUCCUGGUGGUUAUCAAGUAAUACAAAUUGGAUUUAAUUGUAAUGAUUUACUUGGAGAAUUUAAUGAAGUAUUUCAAUUUGCCUUUGAUGGAUCAUCUAAUUUUGAAGAGAUUACAUUUAGUGGUACUGUGGUUGGACCAACAUUUCAUUUUGAUGUUCCAUCAGUGGAAUUUGAUCAAGUUUCUUAUGGAUUUUCAAAAGAGAAAAUUAUAACGUUGCAUAAUACUUCAUUUAUACCAAUGGAUUUUAUUCUUCGUAUCACUGAUCAUGAUGACAAUGAUGACAUGGAUGGUGAUAAUAACAAUGAACAAGAUGAACAAUUGAAUGUUAUUUCAAAUCAUCAUUCAAAUUUACAUAAAUCAUUUGAUAAUACAACAUUUCAAAUUACUCCAAACUAUGGAAAUCUACUUCCAAUGAGUUCAAUAAAUAUAUCCAUAAGAUUUAGUCCAAAAUAUUUAGGUUUAAAAAACUAUAAAUUAAUUGUUGAUGUUAUAAAUGUUGGGAAAAAAGCACAUUGGUUACCAAUAUCUACUGAGGCUAUCCGUCCAGAUGUAAUUGUAACACCGGAAUUGAUAAAUUUGAAAAGAUGUUUUAUUAAUUAUCCCUAUACUAUUGAAAUAACAUUAACAAAUCAAUCAAUCGAACCAGCUAGUUAUCAAUUUGUUGAACAAUUAUCAACAGUAAAAGAAGUAAAAACUAUAAAACUACAAACUAUUACAAAUCAAGAAAACGAUUCUAGUGAAGAAUCCAAGUUACAAUAUUCAAUAAAUAAUCCAGAGGGAUUUAUUAAUGGAUUAAAUUCUGUUAAACUGUCAAUAACAUUUAAAGCAAAAGUAUUAGGAUCAAUUACAAGUGAAUUAUGUUUCAAAAUUUGUGGCAUCAAUGAGAACCCAUUGAAAAUACCUGUAAAAUGUACGGGAGAAGGUCCAGUGUUACAUGUUGAUCAAACAAAAUUAGAAUGGGGAACAAUCCCUGUAUUACAACCAGUUGUUAAAAUAUUAAGAAUUUCAAAUGAGUCGUGUAUUGAUGCUAAUUAUAAUGCUAAGCUGGUACGAAAUGAUACUGUUUAUAAAGCUGAACCAUAUUCUGGAACUAUUCCAGGUUAUAGUCAUAUAGAUUUGAAUAUAAUCGCAAAUCUAGAUGAUAUUAUAUUAUUUAAAGAUCAGUUAAUUGUACAAGUUGAAAAUACUUCAAAACCAUUGAAAAUUGAACUGAGUGCAACUGGUCAAGGUGGUACAAUUGUAACACAACCAUCAGUGGGUUCAGUAUUAAAUUUAGGCAGUCAAUUUAGUGUUAAUCCAAUGAGAAAAUAUUUUAAAGUUAUAAACAAAGGAAGGAGGUCACAACAAAUAAUUUGGUCUAUAGAUGGACAAUCACCACGUAAAUCAAUCCAUAUGGAUGGUCAAUUAUCAGAUAAAUCGGAAUCAAGAUGGUCAAUUACACCACAUCGUUUUGAUCUUAAUCCAGGAGCAUCUACAGAAAUUUGUCUAGAAGUUCAAUGUGAUAGUGUUAAGACGAUUCAUGAGAAAAUUUUAUGUCAUUCAAUUAUUGGACGAAGUGCUAAAUACUUAAUUAAAACAAUUGAUGUUUCUAUUGACUUUAUUAAACCAGUAAUUGAAUUAUCUACAAGUGAACUGUUUUAUCGAAUAGAAAAGGCACCAUCUGAUGAAUUGUCUAUACAAUUCAAUCAUUUCACAAUGACUAAUAAAGUAGAUUUAUUAUUAACAUGUUUAUUGGAAGUUUGCAGUCCAUUCAACUUGUUCAUUGAUGAAAUUUACUCAUCUACAAUGACAUUUCAAUUAAAACCAUUUGAAUCAAAAGAAAUAACAGUUUCAUUUAAUCCAAAAUAUAAAGAUGAUUUAAUUAGUAGAAGAGCUGAUGAAUUAUUAUUUAUUAAGUAUGCUGAACAUCCACAAACUGAUGCUGUACGAUUAAUUGGUGAAGUACAUUUUCCAAAUGUUCAAUUUAGUUCUAAUCUAAUUGAUUUUGGUUGUAUAUUAAAUCAUACAGAAAUGACAGAACAUUUAAGUAUGAAAAAUAUUAGUCCUUUGCCAGUAAAAUUUCGUUGGACUUUACUUAUUGGUGAUCGACCAAAUAUUAUAUUUAAACGUCAAGCACGAUUAAUAGAAGAUCAAAUUCCUAUGAAUGUUCAAAAAUUAUUACCUAAUUCUCAUAUCAUUAAUAAUAAAAACAUUGAAAAUAUCAUACAAGAUAGUUGUCAAGAUACUAAUGACAUAGAAGAUGAAAUAAAAAUCAAUGAAUCAUAUAAUGAAUUCAAUCAAACUAUUCCAAAUCAUUUAACUAAUGAACAUAUAUUAGAUAAUAAUGUAAAUCAUAAUUUAUCUACUACUGAAAAUAGUAUAUUACGUAAUUUAAUUGAUGAAGAUGAAGAUAUUAUACCAUUAGGUAUUGAAGAAUUAUUUGAUAUUGUACCAUUAUAUGGUGAAAUUAAUCCAGGUGAAACAAUCUAUUUAAAUUGUACAUUUUAUGGACAUUCUAAUAUUGAAGCAUCUGUAUUAGCUUUAUGUGAAAUUGAUCAUGGUCCUAAAUAUCAUAUUGAAUUAAAAGGUUCUGCAUCAGAUAUUAUUUAUCAAAUUGAUCAAACUGAUCAUAUUGAUUUAGGUUAUCAUCGUUUAAAUCAAUCAAUAAUCUAUAAAUUUAAUAUAAUGAAUAUAGGUAAAGUAAAUUUUAAUUAUAAAAUUUCUUUUCCUACACAUGAAACAUUUCAUGAUUCUAUUGAACAAACAACAUUAUAUAAAAUAACUGAAUAUGGUCAAUAUAAAAUUAUACCAUCUUAUGGUCAAAUUAUUAAUAAUCAAUCACAAUCUAUUCAAAUUAUUUAUCAACCAUUGAAACCGGGUUAUUUUGAACAAGAAUUAAAUAUUCAAAUAGGAUAUUUUUUACCAAAAUCUAUUAAAAUACAUGGUCUAAUUGAUUUUAAUUAUUUAAAUAUAAAUUUACCACGUUUAUGUAUGAUUCAAACAAAAAAUCAUCAUCAUCAUCAACAACAACAACAAAUCAAUAAUGAUCAAUUAAUAAUCAAUAAAGAAAUCUCUUCAUCGAUUUAUCAAUUCACUAUGUUUAAAUUAAUUAAUCAAUUAUAUGAUGAUCUAAUCAAUUUUAUUGAUUUAUUGGAAAAACAACAACAACAACAAAAUAGAUCAAUUGUUUGUUUAUGUGAUACAAUCUUUUCAAAUCGAUCAGAUUUCAUUUUAAAUUCUAUUCAAAAUUAUAAUCAAUAUGAUCAAUUAUUUAUGCAUAAUAUUAAUUGUCCUAUUACAAAAGCAAUUAAACAUAUAUUAACAAAUCAAUAUUAUAGAAUGAAUAAAAUACCUGAGAAGAUAGUCAAAUUAAUACCAGAUAUAUAUUUACAAUUAAAUGCAGAAUAUGAAUAUAUUUGUAAUCUAUUAAAUGAUAACAAUAAUAAUCAAUAUCAUAAUGAUAAUCAAUUAAAAGUAGUUACCGAGACAGAAGAACAAAUGAAAUUAUGUUUUAUAAAAAAUUUAUACCUACCAUCAUAUUUACUUGAUUUUGGCAUAGUUAUAAUCGGUUCAAUUAUGAAACAAAAUAUAUCUAUUAUUAAUACAAGUUAUGAACCGAUUAGUUUUCGUUUUGAUACAACAUCUUUAUCAAAAGCUAAACAAUUUGGAUUUAGUACAAAUAUAACAAAAAUUUAUCAUUUACCUGGUUAUCCAGAUUGUGAACAAUUAGAUAUGGAAAUUACAUUUGAUACAAAACAAAUUAAUCAGUUAAUAAAUGAAAAUUUCAUUCAAACAGAAUUAAUUAUUAAAAUACUCAACGGACCUUCAAUAUCAAUAAUACUUAGAGCUAAUAUUGUAAAACCAACAUUAACAUCACAUAUAAAUACAGUUGAUUUUGGUGAAGUUCAACGUGGUGAAGCACGUAUAAUUACAGUACAAUUACAUAAUCCAUCUCCUGUUUCAAUAAAUUGGUAUCGUUUAAUACCAGAAUUACAAACGACUAAAAAUACUACUGAUUCAGUUUAUCCAAUUCGAGUUCAUAAUAAAUCAUACCAAAGUUUAUUAAAAGAGAAACAAAUAAGAAUUUUUGAAGUUAUACCAAGUAGAGGAAUAUUAGAACCGAAUGAAAAAACUAAUAUACAGAUAAGGUUUAUACCACUUGAAGAGAAGAAGUAUGAAAGCAAGAUUCUAUUGAGCAUUGAAAAUACUGAUACAAUUUUAAAAAUACACUGUCAAGGUAAAGGUUUAGAGCCACAAUUAAUAUUCGAUCGUGUUAUGUUACAAUUUCAACCAAUUUUACCAUAUUCAUUAAUUGGAAGUGAAGAAAGUGUUACUAUAACCAAUCCAUGUGAUUAUCCAAUAGAAUUUUAUUCGCUUGAAUUGGAUAAACAAGUUGUUCAAGAGGAUGAAAUAUUAAGAUCUAUAGAUGGAUAUGAUGAAUAUGGAAGAUUAUUAUUACCAUCACGUAAACCAGGUGAUUUGUUACCUUCAGAGGUUAUUGCUUACUACGAAGAACAAAAUAAAAUUGCCAAUUCUAAAUUAUCUGAUGAAUUAGAAGAAACUAUUCCUCUAGAAAAUAGUGAUGAGAAAAAUGUCAAAGAGUUAAAAUUCAUAGGAGUUUCUUCAUCAAGUACAUCAUUGAAAGAGGUGAAAAAAUCUAGUACAACCACCACUAAUACAACUCCAACAAAUAAUACUACUUCAACUAGUACAUCAGAACGUAAUAAAUCUGAUCAUCGAAAUGUAUUGUCUGAAUUAAUUCUCGAUGAGAUUAAACAUGAAGGUAGUAAAAUAUCAAAUUUCAAUAAUUUCAGUAAUGGAAAACAAACAUUAGAUGUUACACCUGUAUCACUAGCAAUAUCACGACAUUUGGGUAUGGAUUUAACUCAUGAGUCAUAUAAAUCAGGUAAAUUCGGUAUUGUAAUCCUUGUCAAUGGAGCAUUAGAAUCUAUUAGACGUGAUAUUGUCAAAGAUUUAGCUAGUAAAUAUCAAGCAAUUGUAAUUAACCUUAAUCAAAUUAUUAUUGAAGCAUUGCUUACAAGUACAACAGAUGCAGCUUGUCAAGCAAGACAAAUCUGUUUAAAUGUUGGUCUAGAAAUAAUUCAAGCAAAAUUGUAUACAAAACAAAAAGAACUUCAAGAACAUGAACUAGAACAAUGUCAAUUACAACAAUUAGCUGAUUUAGAAGUUAAAUUAGAUUCACCUGUAGAAUUAUCAGAUGAUGCACAAAAAGAUGAAGUUGAUCUAUCUACUGCAUCUAUUAGUGGAGAACAAUCCAAAGUAACCACUGGUCAACAACAUAAAACAUCAGUUAAUCGACAAGGUCAAGUUCCACACAAAACGAUGGGAUAUCGUGGUGCAUUAAAUGUACCUCGAAAAUUAAACGAUACUUCAUCAACUAUACCUGAAUAUAAUACAACAUGCAAAUCACGACGAAUUACAUAUUCAAUGUUUGAUGAUAUAAUCAAAUCAUCUAUUGAUAAAUCAACAUUAAAUUUAUUAAAUAAUGAACAAUUAUAUACAACAAUUUUAUCUGAUGAUAUAAUAUUACAUUUAAUACAUGAAUAUUUCAAUCACCAUAGUAACAAUAAUAAUAAUAAUACCAAUAAAGGUAUCAUUAUAGAUGGAAUUGAAUCAGAUUUUACAAAAAAUAGCAUAGCAACAAUAGAAUUAUUAUUAAAAUAUUUUAAAAAUAAUUAUAAAUAUAUUUAUACAAUAAGUAUUAAAUUCAAUUAUGAACAAUAUAAACAAUAUUUCAAUGAAAAACAAAUAAAAUUAAAUGAAAUCAAAAAUGUAUUGAAUAAACAAUAUCAUGAAAAAUUAAUUGAUUUAACUGAUUAUGAAUAUGAUGAAUUAAAUGAGAAUGAACGUCAAAUCAUUGAUCAUUUACAAUAUGAAUUACGUCAUGAAAAACAUCAAAUUGAAUUAGAAAAAAAACGUAUACAAGAAGAACAAUUACGUGAAGAACAAGAAGCUGAAAUGAAACGAUUAGAAAUGGAACGAAACAUGAAGAAAAGAGGUAAACGACAAGAUGAAAAAAUAACUAAACCAAUUACAUCGAAUCAAGUAUCAGUUAAAGAUAAUCGUGCAUUAUCUGGUCGAAUGAGUUCAAAACCUGUGAAAGACGUUAAUAAUAAUUUGGGAAAAUUAGAUGCAGUAGAUAAAUCCCCUUUAACAGUUUUAGAAGAAACACGCCGUACAUCACGAUCUCAUGAAAAACAUCGUAGAUCUGCAACUAGUUUCAAAGAUGAAGCAUUAGCUGAGGAAGAAGUUGGAGCGUAUAUGACAGAAGAAGAACACCUAUUAUAUCAAACCUUGAAGUCAUUUGAAGUUGACUUUCGUUCUCUGUGUGAAUUACUUAGUACAUGGAAUCGCGUUACGUUACAACAACAAGUAUCAUUAUUAGAAUCACAUGAAGAAAGUCCAACCUCGACUAUUGUCAAUUUACCUAUUGGUAAACGUGCUAGACAAAGUGGUUUAAAUUUUCCAUCUAACACUGUCAGUACUAAUUUAAACAAAACGAAACAUUCAAUUGGUAAAGUUGAUCCUUCUAAUAUACAAGUUAUAAAUGAAAAUGUAACUGCUUUAUUACCACCAAUCUAUUGUGAUGUGAAUAUAAUGAAUGAAAACCAACCGAAUAAUAAUAAUAAUAAUCUAGUUGAAAUGAAAAAUGAAAAAGACUCAACUGAUAAUGGUGUACAAAUUAUUGGGAUACCACAUCUAGUUGUUGAAUUUCCAUUCAAAAAAGAUACAAAUAUUAUUGAAGCUAUUAAACAGGAAAUCAACUUAAUGUUAACCGAUCCAGAUUUGAUUCAUGUUGAAAGUAUAGUUGGUACAAAGAUUAAAGAUAAUUUGUUAAUGACAAACAGUUCAGGACAACAACAACAACAACAAAACACAAUAUCAACCGAACUUUGUCAAUUAUUGUCAUAUCAUUUACCUGAACUCAAUGAAAUAAUCAAUUAUCUAGGUAUUGGAUCCGAUGGGCCACCUAUACCAGAACCGAAUAAUUUCUCAGUUAUAUAUUAUCCAAUUAAUAAUGAUACUACUAAUACAUUAGGAAGUAGAAAACAAAUUAGACAAUCAAGAAUAAUAAAAUUAAAUGAACAAAAAUCAAUUCAUAUAAAUUUGAAAUAUUAUGAAUUUUUACAUUCUGGUCAAGGUGAUCCAAUUAUGAAUACUGUACCAAUAGGAAGUUUAUUACAACUAACUGAUUCAAUUGGAGAUGAAGAAUUAGAAGGACGAAUAGAAACCAAUGAAUCUUCAAAUAAACAAAAAGUUGGCGAUUCAUCGCGUAAAACAGGUGGUCGAUCUAUUAAAAAAGAACGCAAAUCACCAAGACAGAAGCAUCAAACGUUAGAUCAAGGUGAAACUACAAGUCGUAAACCAAAAGUUUCUAUUGGUGGUGCAAACUUCGGUAAUGGUACUGCUCGACGUACUUCUGUCAUAAGCAUACAUUCAGAGCAAACAUCUUUGAAUGAUGAAAUUUCAAGCAUUGAAUCUAAUCAAUUAUUGAUUGGACAACCUCUUAAUCAUUUUCGUUGGAUUGUACCUGCUAAAGGACAGGUUCGUUUGAGAAUUCGUUUUCGUUGUGAUCAAGUUGGUCAGUUUGAUCAGAUAUUCAAUUUUGAAUUAUUGAAUAGUAGGAGAAUUUAUCAAUUAUACUGUCGUGGAAUAUGUGCUUUACCAACAAUUAGCCGUGAACCAAGAUUAAUCUAUGCAAAACGUAAACGUACUUGUAACCAAGGUGAAAUUAUUCAUGGUACCUAUUUAAUGUCUACAUCAUGUUUUGAAUUUGGACCAUUGUUAAUUGAAAAAUCUAAAGAACGAAUUCAAGAAAAUUAUUAUCCUGAAAAUAUUACCUACUUUAAUUUAGUGAAUACAUCACAAAUGGAUUCAGAUAUUAAAUUAUACUUUUUAAAUGAUCCAGAUGAAGAAUGUUAUAGUGUAGAACCGAAAGAAUUAAAUCUUAAACCAAAUCAAUCUAAUAGUGUACGUAUUUGUGCAUUUCCAAAAUUGAAUAAACAUUAUAAUGAUGCACUUGUUUGUUUAAUUAAAGAUAAUCCAGAACCAAUUCUAUUUAAAUUAGCUUGUGAUGGUGUUUUACCAGAAUUGGAAUUGGAUAAAAAAGUAUUUAAUUUUGAAAAAGUAUUAUUACAAAGGAAAGAAGUACGUUCUAUUAUUUUGAAAAAUCGCACUUUAUUACCAGCUCAAUGGAAAUUAUCUGGAAUCGAAGCGUUAGGUGACGAAUUCUCUGUAUCACAAGAUGCUGGCAUUGUUGAACCACAGUCAGAAUCUAUUGUCUAUGCUUAUUUUCGUGCAAUGAAAUCUGUCAAACCAAACCAGAAGAGAAGCUUACGUCUUGAAGUUUAUGAUUUAGAAAAUAUUGCUGGUUUAAUACAAGUAGAAACUAUACAAGUGAUGGCUGAAGCAUACGAUGUUGCUUUAGAUAUUACAUUUCCUAAGGGAAGUGAUGGUGGUAUUGAUUUUGGUUUAAUCAAAGUUGGUGAAGAAGUUAAACAUGCUAUUACAUUGAAGAAUAAAGGUCCUUAUGAAAUAGUAACUAACUUUAUCUUUACAAAGAAUGAUAAAUUUAAAACAGAUUUUAGUAGUAUCUUCACUAUGUCACCUCAACGUAUCAGUCUAUCUCCAACAGAUAAACUCACACAAGUAAACCUAACAUGUUCCACACAAUCAGAGUUAAUUUUAAAAGAAGCAGAAAUACUUAAAUGUCAAAUUAUUGAACCAAAUAUUAAAGGAACUCCACAACUGAUUGCAUCAAUUCCAAUAAAAUUGUCUGUAAAAGCAGAAUUCAGCAAAUUUACAAUUUCUCCCGCACAUGAUAUUAAUUUUGGUUCACUUAUAUUAAAUAAUCAUAAAACAAGACAACUGAUCAUUGAAAAUAAUGGAGAUUAUGAAUUCCGUUACUCAAUUAUACCUGUUAGUAAAAUGUUAGAGCUAUUAGCAACACGUGAAGCUUUAUUGAACAAAGAAUCUACAGGCACGGUGAAACAUAAAAUGUUAGAUCCAACCAUGCUGAGUUCAUCACAAUCUCGUUUACAGCAGGGUUUUUUCACAUUGAGUCCAGCUAGUGGAAUUGUUCCACCUGGAAAUGCACAAAUUAUAACAGUUGAUUGUUUGGCUGCUUCAUUGGGUCAAUGUUUAGAAGAAUUAACGAUUGAAAUAUCUGAUCGUGAUAUGAAAUUAUAUCCACAUGGAAUACCAUAUCAUCUUAAAGCGGAAGGGGAUCUACCACUAAUUGAAACCAAUGAUCCUUCAAUAAUAUUUGAAGAACAUCAUGUUUGCAAAAAUCUGAGUGUUUUAGAUUUGCCUGAUCUAUCGGAUACGAUUUCAUCCGGCAGUAUAUUUGGAAUUGAAGAAAAUCGCUUUGUUUAUAGAAAUGUUUUAGUUGGUUCACGUGUUGUUGCACGUUUCCGUAUAGCUAAUCGAAGUAAUGUACCUGCAGAUGUUUCAUUUGAAGUUUGUGCAGUCGGAACAGUUAGUCCUAAUCAACCAAAUGGACGUUCAAGUAGCCGAAGUAGUCAAUCUACUAGUUGUGAUUCGUUUGAAGUGAUACCAGAUAAAGCUCAGAUAGAACCACAUUCAUCUAGUUAUGCAAAUGUAACGUUUUGUCCAACAUCUAUGCAACUUUACACAGCAACAUUUAAUGUAUAUGUAGACAAUAAACUAUCUCCAAGUACCAUAGUUACUUCAGGUCGAGGAAGCACUAGUUCCAGUACAAAACGUUCUUCAAAUCCGCCUGUUCUUACUUUUGAAUUAUAUGGUGAAGGAAAUCUACCACAAAUAAGUGUUUUACAACCAAAACUUCGCAAUCGUGCUGGCCAAACAAUGUGCGUGUUUAAACGCAUUCAAGUUGGUAAAAUAUCAAGUCAGACAUUGUCUCUUCAGAAUAAUGGAUUAUUGAAUAGUCGAUUGAACAUUGAUCUCAUUGAUCCAGAAGGGGUGUUUUUAUUGAAGCCACAAUCGAACAAUGGUUCCUUACUGUUUUACAAUCCCCCAGACAUGUCGGCUGAUUGUACUAGUGAAUCAUCUGGUAAUGAUGAAUUAUCUAUAGCUAAACAAUCAUAUUUAAUUGGUUUAUUAUUAAAACCUAAACAUCAAUUUAAUUUAACAAUUUCUUAUAAACCAAAUAAACGUAAUAUUAAAAACUAUGGACAAAUUCAAUUAAUAGUAGUAAAUAAUGAAUAUGAAGAUACAUUAAUUGAAUUAAUUGGUGAAUCAUUAAAUGAUGAAGUAUGUAUUGAAAAUGUACCACAAUUAGAUAAUGACAAAUAUUUAUGUAUACAAAAUGCAUUAAAACGAAUAGUUUCUGUAUCGAAAUUAACAUUAGACGAUAUGGAUUGUGAUCCUAAUCAAGAUGAGAUUCAAACUACGUCAGCAUUACAACAUAACCAUUUAGACUUUGGUGACUGUGGUCCAAAUGAAACUAUAACGCGUACAAUAACAAUCACUCAUUGUGGCAAAGUUAAAGAGACAGAACCGACAAGUUUUCGUUUCAGUUGGCCAACUAAUAAUCCGAUUCUUCAAUUUCGACCAUCUGAAGGUCAUUUACAUGUAAAUCAAUCUAGACGAAUUGAAGUUACGUUCAAACCAUCUGGUUCACCAAUAACACUUAAAUCUCAAUGUAUUAAAUGUAACUUACAUCGUAUUGUUGUACCCGUUCCAGAGGGUUGUACGAAAGCUGUUGACUGGGAUGAUACAAAACAAGUUAUUCGUUGGGUUGAUGUACCUGGAGACAAAACGAAUGGACCAGAUUCUUCAAAUCGUUCAAUACCAACAACAACAACAACAACAACGACGGGAACAGUAAACUCACUGAAACCAACAAAUCAUAUUCAAACAGUAAUAAUAAGUUCAGAUAAUUUACAAGAACGAAAUAUUCAUAUGAAUUGUAAUUAUGGUUCAUCUAAUGAAAUAAUUUGUCGUAAACAAAAAUUAAUUGAAAUUGAACCAGAACCUCAUUAUGAAGAAGUAUUCGAUCAAUCAGAUCCUAAAUCAAUAGAAUUAUUCAUAUCUGCUAUAGCUGAUUUUGUUCAAUUUCGUUGUGAUCCAAAUAGAAUUGAUUUUAAAGAAACAAAUAUUUUUGAAAAACGAAUAUACAGAUUUGAAUUAUUUAAUCAAGGAUUAAUUACAUUACAUUUUAAAUGGUCAAUUCAUAUGAUAAGUUCAAUGACUGAAAAUGAGUCAAAUAAAAAUACUAAUAUUAAUGAAUGUCGGAGCACUGAUGAAAAUCAAAAUGAACACUGGGAUAAAUCACUUAUUCCAUUCAAAGUUUAUCCAAUUGAAGGUUGUAUACUACCUGGAAGAUCACAAUUUAUUGAGGUCACUUUUAGUCCACUUUUACUUGGUGAAUUUGAAGCGCAGCUUACGAGUAAAAUUGAUAAUUUAGCUCAACAAUCAUCCACUACAAAUCGUAAUCGACCAAUUUUGACAGCUCCAAUAAUCACAAUAACAGGAAAGUCAGAACAUUCAAUUCUACACUUUGAUUUAUGUGACUCAGAUUAUAUCUCAAGUGGGAGAAGAAAUCCAGAAUUACCUGGACCAAAUGGAACACCAUUCGGUGAAAGCCUAGAUCCAUUUACUAGAGUUAUUGAAUUCAAUACAAUUGGUCUAGGCUUAAAAUCUACUCGAUACUUUUCAAUUGUUAAUACAACUAGAGAAGAUUUUGAAUUUAUGAUUAUAAAUGAAGAUUCAAUUAAUGUUAAACAACCUCAAUCAGUUAAAUGUAUUGAAGAAAAGGGGAUUAUCUUAGCUGGAAAAAAAGUUAAUAUUGGAUUUGAAUACAUUUCUUAUCAACUUGGACUAAUUGAAUCGUUUUGGCGAUUUGUUGUAAACAAAUAUGAAUAUAGUGUUCCAUUACUUAUUGUCGGUAAUACAAGGGAACCAAAUAUACUAUUUGAUCAAUCACAUAUUAACUUUAAUGCUGUACUUGUUGGUCAUCAAGUUGGUAAAACUGUCUUGUUAAUUAAUCAAGAAGCUUCAACGUCAAUAUCAUCAACUACUUUCAAUGACAUAUGUAUGAAUAAUGAAGAACAAUCCUCAAAUAUAUUCGAGUUUGAAUUUUUGAAGUCAAGUCUUCAUAGUGCUGGAAAACAAGAUUCGAUUAUUGUUGAACCGAUGUCUGGUUAUAUUCCACCCGGUACAAAAUUACCUAUUCAAAUUACUUUUCAAGCAAAUGGUGAACGUGAUACUAAUAUCAAUUUACAAUGCCUUAUAAAACAUCGUGAUUUACCUUUAACAUUAAAUGUUAAAGCUCAAGGAUAUACAAUUCAUUCAUCAUUAUGGAUUGAUUGUAUUCAAUCAAAUAAUAACAAUAAUCAUAAUGACAAGACAUGUAAAGCUACUAGUGAACUAAUUGAACUUACACCAUUAUGGUCACCAUGUAUUGGUAUUGAUCUAAUAGAUCUUAUCAAUAAAUCAAUAAAUCGAAUUCAAAAUGAUCAAAAUUUAAUCAAUAAAUUAUCUGAAUUAAAUUUUGGUAAAUUUUAUCCUGGUGAAUGUAUUACACGUAAAUUAGUAGUCUAUAAUAAUGGAAAAUAUAAAUUUGAUUUUAUAUGUCAAUUUAUGUCAUUAAGAAGUAAUACAAGUAUCAAUGAAAAAAAUGUACAGAAACAUAAUAAAGAACAACAAUUGAUUGAUCAAUUAAUUAAUGGUUUCACUAUAGAUGAUAUCAAUCAACCACCAUCAUUAAUAAUCAAUCCUAAUUCUGGUAGUUUAUUACCAAAUGAAAAAUUAACAUGUACAAUUACAUUUCAGUUACCAAAGCAACUAAAUGUAUUAAGUGUAAAUCAUUUAAAAUUAUAUAAUUUACUUGGUAUUUGUUUUAUAAUACGUGAUGGUCCUAUUUAUGGUAUUAAAUUAUUAGGUUCAAUCAAAAAACAAAUGAUACAAUUUUCUGAAACUUCUAUUGAUUUCGGUUCACAAUUCAUUAUGCAAUCCGGUCUUAAACCAUCUAUACGUUAUUUAUAUAUUAGUAAUAAUGAUAUAAAACAAGAAUUAAGUAUUGAAUGUAUUACAAAAUCAUCAAAAAUAUUCUCUUAUAAUUUUAUACCAACAAUUUUACCAAAGAAAGAACAACAAGAAACUAUUGGAUCCAAUUCAAAUAUUCUAUGUUUACCAAUAUACUUUUAUCCAUAUCAUGAUCAGUUCUAUAAAGAAACAAUAAUAUUUGAAAUUAAUGGUUGUAGUCAAUAUACAAUUAAUUUAUUAGGUAAAGGAUGUGAAUUAAUCAUUGAACCAAAAGUAUAUCCAUUAUUGAUAAUGAAUAAAACUAAGAAAGGUCUUACAAAAAUCACUCAAUUCAAUGAUGAAGAUGAAUUCAUUCAUAAUAAAAGAUGUAUCAAUUUAGGUUAUUUAAAAACUGGUCAAAUAUCACGACGAUUUAUUAGUUUAAUUAAUAAAAGUUCUGCACCAAUAUGUCUACAUCAAAUCCAUUUGAAUCAACCACAAUCUAAUAAUAAUAAUAAUAAUAAUGAGAAUAAAUCUAAUUCAAUUCAUAUACAAUUUUGUAAAUCAAUUUCUAUGAAUAAACCAUUCAAUAAUUUUGGACCGAUCAAAGAAAUUAUGACACCAAUCAUUAUUCCAUCAAAUGGUGGGGAAAUAAUGAUCAUGUUAAGUUUAACAUCAAAUUAUCGAUUAUCUAAAUUUACUGAAGAAGUUCUAUGUGAGAUUUCACGUGUAGAUCAAAAUGAUAAAAAUAUAAUUCAAUUGUCUAAGAAUCAAAUAAACACUACUAUAACUAUUAAUAGUAACCAUAGAAAUAAAGAAGAAAUGAUUUCAAAUCUACAAGAGAAUACUAAUAUGUUUUUACCAGUAUUUUCAAUAUAUGGUGCUGUGAAUACAUAUGAUAUUAAUUUUAAUACAGAAUCAAUUAAUUUUGGUUCAGUUGUACGUGGUAGUCAAUUAAGUAGACGUUUAGUUUUAAUGAAUACCGGUGAUUAUAAUACAAAAUUCGAAUGGGAUAAAUCAACUUUCACAUCGGAUUUAACUAUAGAACCAAUGAAUGGAUCCAUUGGUCCAGGACUAGAAGUAACAUUUAUUUUAACUCUUAAACCAAGUAAAUUAACACGUGAAAUACGAAUAGAUAAUGUAGCAUGUCAAAUUCAAGGUAUAGGAUCAAAAUUAAUUACUGUUAGUGGAGCGUGUGUGCCACCUACUAUUAUUAAAGAAAUACAACAAUUUUCAACGAUUGUUAGACAGCAAGAUAUUAAAAAUCUGCAAAUUGUUAAUCGUACAAAUGCUAAUUGGCAAAUCAAACCAGUUAUUGAUGGUGAACAGUGGGAUGGACCAAAAAUAAUUGAUAUACCUCCACAACAAAUAGGAAUUUAUGAAUUAACAUAUAAACCAUUAACAAUGACUUUAGAUGGAGCAAAACAUAAAGGUACAAUAUUCUUUCCAUUACCUGAUGGUACAGGAUUAUUAUAUAAUUUAUGUGGAACAUCUGAUGCACCAAAAUCAAUGAUGCGAAUAAAUCGUGAAAUUGAAUGUAAAAAAUUACAUACGGAAAUUGUACAAAUACCAAAUUGGUUAAAUGUAUCACAAAGAUUUCGUGUUUCAAAAGAAAUUCUUCGACCGGAUAAAUUAGAUCCAAGUACAACUAUUCAAGGAUUAAAUUAUUUAGAUGUACCAGCUGAUUCAAGUAAAGAGUAUAAAUUGAGUAUAUUCACUUAUCGAGAAGGUUUUACAUUGAUUAAAGUUACAUUUACAAAUGAAACAACUGGUGAAUAUCAAUAUUUUGAAGUGAAUUUUAAAUCUAUCAGAAAUAAAAGUUUAGAUUUGAUUAAAAUGCAAACACCUAUUCGUAAACCUAUUACACAUACACUCAUAUUAGAAAAUCCUUUAUCAAUACCAGUGAAUUUUCAAAUGAGUACAAAUAUCUCUGAAGUUCAAUGUCCAAAUCAAUUACAAAUACCUGCUAAUUGUGAAGGUAAAGUAACACUUGAAUAUUUACCAAUUAAAAUUGGUCAAAAUAAUGGAAAAUUUGAAGCUAAUUGUAAUGAAUUAGGUUCAUUUGUAUAUGAAUUAAAUUUACAAGCUACACCAGCUAGUUUUGAAUCGACAAUACAUUUUCGUACAACCAUAGGACAACGACAUUGUCAAAUUGUAAAAUUUACAAAUUUAUCAAAAAAUAAAAAUGAAUUUACUACUAACGUUGAUAAUUCUGAUUAUCAUUGUGAAAAACAAAUAAUUGUAGCACCGGGGGUUGAAGCAUCAUUGGAAGUUGUAUAUGAACCAACUAGUGUGGGUAAUUCACAGGCUACUUUAACAAUUACAAGUGCACAAGCUGGUGAAUACAGUUUUCUACUUAAAGGUACUGCUCUACUACCACAACCACAAGGUCCAAUAAUCAUAAAAGCUGGUGAAACAAAACAUAUCAUCUUCCGAAAUGUUUUCCCUACACCCAUACUUUAUUCAUUUCAGGCUGACAAUACUUUAUUCAAUCUACCGAAACAAAGUGAAGUUAUUAGACCUGGUAAAGAAUUUAGAAUUCCUGUUGGUCUUGACGCUAAUAUCACUAAAUCUCCUGUAACGGGUAAACUAGUUGUGACAGCAGUCCGUGCACAGUCAAGUGCACGUACAAUCCGUAAAGGACCAUCAAAUGUAAUUAGUGAUACCACUUCCCUAUCAUCAUCAUCGUCUUCAUCAUCACCACAACAGCAACAGUCAAGCUUCAUUGAUUCUACAAUUACAGAAAAAGGCGAAGGAUUUCAAUGGGUUUAUUAUUUACGCGGUGUUACAGGAUAA